UUUGAAGAGCUUGGGUGUUUUACCCGCUAAGGAAAUUUGCUCCAUCUCCAGCAGCAACCACUGCUCCUUUUGAUGUUGUGGUACGCCGUGCGCAUGCGCUUCACAUUAGAAUUACUGCACUGGCCAGAAUAAGUUGGAUCUCUUCUUCUCUUCACUGAAACCCUAAAUCAUAUCAAAAGCUAAAGGGAUGCUGAGAGUCCGGAGAAAGGGUUACUUUGGGAUUUGGUCAUUCCCUUUAAUAAUAGCCGCGGUGUGUGCACAGAGUGUCAAUGACCCUAGUAAUAUGUCACUGGUAAAAGAGACCGUGGAUAGACUGCUGAAGGGCUAUGAUAUUCGCUUGAGGCCAGAUUUUGGAGGUCCCCCAGUGGCUGUGGGCAUGAACAUAGACAUUGCCAGUAUAGAUAUGGUCUCGGAGGUCAAUAUGGACUAUACCUUGACAAUGUACUUUCAGCAAGCGUGGAGGGAUAAGAGGCUGUCCUACAAUGUGAUCCCUCUGAACCUGACUCUGGACAACAGAGUAGCUGACCAGCUGUGGGUGCCAGACACCUAUUUCCUGAAUGACAAGAAGUCCUUUGUCCAUGGGGUCACUGUGAAGAACAGAAUGAUUCGUUUGCAUCCAGAUGGAACAGUCCUUUAUGGACUCAGAAUCACCACGACAGCUGCCUGCAUGAUGGACCUGCGCAGAUACCCCCUGGACGAGCAGAACUGCACGCUGGAGAUCGAGAGCUAUGGCUACACCACAGAUGACAUUGAGUUUUACUGGCGUGGGGGUGAUAAUGCUGUCACAGGAGUGACCAAGAUCGAGCUGCCUCAGUUCUCCAUUGUAGACUACAAGCUUAUCACCAAGAAUGUUGUUUUCUCUACAGGUGCCUACCCAAGGCUGUCUCUCAGCUUUAAACUUAAGAGAAACAUUGGCUACUUCAUUCUGCAGACCUACAUGCCUUCUAUUCUGAUCACUAUCCUGUCCUGGGUUUCCUUCUGGAUUAAUUAUGAUGCUUCAGCUGCAAGAGUUGCUUUAGGAAUCACAACCGUGCUCACAAUGACAACCAUUAACACCCAUCUCCGAGAGACUCUUCCCAAAAUUCCCUAUGUGAAAGCCAUCGACAUGUACCUCAUGGGCUGUUUUGUGUUUGUGUUCAUGGCCCUGCUGGAGUAUGCCCUGGUGAACUACAUCUUCUUUGGCAGAGGCCCCCAGAGGCAGAAGAAGGCGGCGGAAAAAGCCGCCAGUGCCAACAACGAGAAGCUGCGGAUGGACGUCAACAAGGACAGAAGAAUAAUUGGCACAUAUCAUUGUCCAGAAAUGUAUUCAACAAAGAUGGACCCCCACGAGAACAUUUUGUUGAGCACCCUGGAGAUCAAGAACGAGAUGGCAGCCUCGGAGGCCGUGAUGGGGCUGGGAGACCCCCGCAGCACCAUGCUGGCCUACGACACCUCCAGCAUCCAGUACCGCAAGGCCGGGCUGCCCCGGCACAGCUUCGGCCGCAACGCGCUCGAGAGACACGUGGCCCAGAAGAAGAGCCGGCUACGGAGAAGGGCCUCGCAGCUCAAAAUCACCAUCCCGGACUUGACUGACGUCAACGCCAUCGAUCGGUGGUCCCGCAUCUUCUUCCCCGUGGUUUUUUCCUUCUUCAAUAUUGUCUAUUGGCUUUACUAUGUGAACUAAGAGACAAAGCCAUGCAGGAAGCAAGAACUGGAUUUCUCUUCAAACCGGUUGUACAGCCAAAAGUGGGACUUAGAAAAAUUCUAUUCAGGACAAAAAGUUACUUUAAAACACCUUAGUUGCUGGCCCACUCUAUGGUCUGUUUUUAUAAUGUUUUGGUUGUCUCUGCUAACAUAUAUGUUAAGUUGCGGUAUGGACAUAUCCCCCUAUCAAAAUAUAAGUGCAUUUUGAGUGUGAAGGCAAAUUGGAUUUUGAAAAUAGUUUCUGUCUCGUCCUUCACUCCCUUUUUAUUUUUUUGGUCCUUUUUUUUGAUGGUCAUUUGAUUUUAGUGCUACAAAUUAUAGAGCAGCAUUUGAGAAACAAGUUUGACUUUCAACAGCAGUACAUGCCAUUCCCAGGGAAACUGCAUAUCUGAGGCAUGCACCGACACUGCAAAGGGUGUACUGAGUUGUUGUCAUGCUUAGGAAACAUACACUUUACCUUUCAAAUGUGUAAACUUGAAAACAAAUAGUGCCUAUCAUCUUUCCAAGAUGAUGAUGGUCAGAGGUUUCCCAACCAUAUUCAGGUAUUUCCUUUUAUUUAUUGAAAGAAUUAAACCUUUGACUGAUAAUUUUAGGGUUGGGUGUUUGCACAGAAGCUGAAGCAAGAAGCACUAGUUUUGUUUGUCUUUAAAGGGAGAACAAAUGCUCACAGCCACAGUGGCCACAGUUGGGAUCAGUAGAGGAAUGUAGCAACGGAGUAAAAAUGCAUCCGUGAUGAAGGGGUAAAUAUUCUGCUGGGCUGGGUUGGGGAAAGGGAAUCAUCUGUCCAAAGUGCCAAACUUGGUUGCCCAAAUAGUAAUUCUGUAGAUGGCUGAAGGAAAGCAGGGAUGCCCUGCCUUCCUCUAGGGCAGGGAGAGCUGGAGAGCAAUCACAGAGUCCAGGGGCAAGGAGAGGAAAGGCUGCACUAUGGAGAAGUGUGUGUGUGUACACAUAUAUAUCUGUACACACAUAUAUAUCUGUACACGUAAAUAUCUGUACACAUAAAUAUCUGUACACUGUGUUGUCAGUUGUACCUCAGUCUCAAACAGUCGUGUGGAGUUGUGUGAUUUCUUCCAGGUUUGCCUCUUUCCAGCAUUAUUCCUGCUGCUCUUGGAUAAAGGUGGUGUAGUUCUUCCAGCAGUGGAGAUCCCAGCAGAUGUAUUUCCAUACAGGGUAUUUUCUCAGUCUGGAUUAGGCAAUACCAUUUCACUUUUGGUUUUCCUUAAUGCACUGUUUUAAGGGAAAGAAAUUGGUAGCAAUGACUUUAAGAGUUUAAUUCACUCUUGAGUGUUUCCUAUUUAGGGUGAUUUCUAUUGAAAAACUGGCAAAUUUCAGUUUUUCUUUAGGAAACCUUUUGAAAUAAAAGGUUGGGGUUUUUUUCAUUCCAUAGAGCUUUACUUUUACAGAGAAAAUAGAAUAAACAAAAAAUAAUGUAGACAAAAAUAAUUUUGUCAUUUUUUCCACUGUGGGACAUUUCUGUAAUGAAAAAAGCAAUCACGAGAACUGUAGAAAAAGUAUAAAUUCUUGAUGGCUUUUACUAAAUCAGAUCCCCCAAUAUUGUUCAACACACAAUGUUUCAAGAAGCAAAAGCCACAUCUUUUGCAUCCAUACUACCUCUUAUCUGUGUACAAAUCUUUGAAAGAAACUAGAUAGUGAAGGGUUUUUUCAGGAGAGAAAUAUAUCUUGAGAAUAUUUUUCAUAAAAUAUUUUCUUUUAAUUUUUUGUUCUUUAAAAGAAUAAUUUUCUUACAAGUUUCUGUGGAUUUUUUUCCCUGAUUGUCAGUGAAUGACAGUGAUAGGAGGAGAAUAGUUCUGGGAACUAAUAGGCCAAUUUUCUGACUUUGUUUUGAGCAUCUCAUGUGCUUAUUUCUGCUUCCCAUGGGAGGGGCUGGUUUCUGAGCCUGAGCUGGGAUUUGCCAUCCCCCCUCCGUGGCAGGAGGUUGUGUGGACGUUCAGGUGCUGCCUCCAGGUUCAGAUCUGCACUAGGGACAGACUUUCACCCUGGGGUUCACUCUCCAGGUCUGAGGUUCCCAGUUUGUUCCCACGCUCAGUCUCUGCUGCAUUUCAUGCUCGACGCAAUAACCUUUGUAGAUGCACUUGGGAUUUCUGCUGGGAGCUGGGAAUCACUCUGGAAUCUUUUCCCAGUUCUAAGAAAUGGAGCCACAGCAAAAUUCAGUAUUUCUCUUGGAGGUCUGUUCUUUAAAAGCGGUCCUAAUUACCCUAAAUAAAAGCAGUGUCAUAGUAUCCUGCAAAGGCUUUUCUUUUGCUCCCGAAAUCGCUGCUGCCUCCUGUUUUCCUGCCCAGAGCAGAGUGGGACUGCAGGGAGCUCCCACCUGCCUGGGUUGGGACCAGCAAACCCAAGAGCUUACAGGGAAUUGCUGACUCUGCACUGGUUCCCUGCUCCAGCUGUUCCCAAACCCACAGAGAUGAACCCUGGACCUGCACAUUCUCUCACUGAAGCUCCAGAACAAGCCAUAACACUCUCUGAUGCUGCUGCUCAGAGAGGGAAAGAAAUGUUUGGUUUCUGCUCAGGUGUCUCUAGGAAAGACAAAUUAUCUGGGGGGAAGGAGCACUUUUGCUUUUCCUAUGUCCUUCUGGCUAUUAAUGUGAUGUAUAAAAGUAGUGAAAGAGAAGGAUUCUAUCAUUUUGUACCGAGGCUUAACACUGUGAUCUAAAGGGGUGGGGGUGAGGAAGGCUGGUGAGGCACUGCCAGGGAGAAGGAACUCGAGCCCAAGGUGAGCCCUCACUGCUCUCCUGAGGUGCUCGAGUGAAAGGGAGGAAUUCUGCCAACAUACAUGAGAUAUGGGGUUUGCUACGUGUGCUCCCCUCCAGGUAAACUAGAAUAAAUUCACUUUUACUUUAGAAUUGACCGAAAAUUAAUGUUCUAGAUCUUUUUAAUCGUGUUGAUUGUUGUUAGUUUCAAUAAACAAAAUAUCAAAGUGAAUAAUUUAGAUAAAACUUGUAAUAUAAUUAUAGUUGCACAUUUUAUUGUUCUAUUAGACAUAAUAGCCAGCAAUUAAGGUGUUUUUCAUCUUUGUGAAAUUCAUGGAUGAAUUAUGACUAUAACAUGGCACAGUUUUAAUGAAAUAUUUGAGAUCAAUCUGUAAAUACAUUCUGUACAUGACUGCUAGUAAGUGAUACACAUUUUCAGAACUGACAAUUCAUGCAACAUGUUUCUGUGUUUGCAUAAGGAAUGUUACGUUUCUAUCCUAUCGCAGUUCAAUGACUGGGAAGAAAGACUCAAGCAAUGACAUCCUGACCAUUUCUUUUCUCAUUCCCAGGGGAGGAAAACAGUGUUAGAUCACAGCAUGGCACAGAGUUCUUCAGAGAGUUCUGACAUCCUGACAAAAAGGACAUAAAAUCUGUAAGGUACAAAAGCACAAUGCAUAGAGAAGAUGAGUGGUGGUCUCACACCUGGGGAAAAGAUCCUAUUUAUUUCAGAAAAAUAUGCAUUAAAAUGAAACCUCAGUUAAUUUUCACUAUAAUUAUUAGACUGUGUUCCAAUUCUGUAGCACAGUAGUAACCACAAGUGAAGGGAUGUGAAACAUUCUCCAGCUGUAUGUGCAUUUGGACACAGCCCUGCCUGUCUGUAUAGACAUGUGUGUGUGUGUAUACCCAGGGCAGUGUGGAUAUGCACACCCUUUCAUCUCUUGGUGUGUUAAAGGAAUAAGCCAAUACUAGUUUUGUUUCUACCAUCAACCAGUGUGUGAAUAUAUCUUUGACAAAAGGAGAUUAAUGUAUUUCAGCAAACCAAACAACUUCCUCUACAGGGUAACUGGGCAUUCCUGGGUGAGCAGCUCAAGGCUGGGUCUGUCUGGAGUGUUGGUGACAGUCCUGUACCUCCUGCAGCUGGAACCACACCAGUCCUACAUUGCUUGCCUAUUUCUUCUCUCUUUUUAUAACAGCAUUGUCCACUAGUAAGUUUUCAAAACCAACCAAUUCCUUAGGGAACCAACAAAAAAAAAGGCAAAAAUAGUAACUAUUUCUAGAAAAUAAUCUAGGGUGGGCUGGCCAGGGUACAAUACUAUAUCAGUAGUGAUCAUAACAUUUUGCUCUGUGUACAUAGAACAUCCAAUGUGAGCAACCAUGACUUAAGCUGAACGUGUGUAAAUAUUAUCAGAUUUCUUAAACAUUUUUAACUUCUAAUUUGUACUUUAUGGUAAGGCAAAAAGCUAAUUCUACUUAUGGUUUAGGUUAAUGUGUCCUAAAAUUAUGUAAAUAAUUAAAUAAGCUGUAAAUGAGCAGGCCAUAGAUACAGUAUUUGUUUAGUGACUUUUUUUUACUAAGUACAAGAAUUGCAGUGCUCUAGCAGAGUAAUUUAAACACCCUUUUGCAUAAACAGAUUUGGACUCCAGAUAUCAAAUAGUACAGAAGGUGCUGUGGUGUAGAGUGGCCGUGGUGGCAACGUUCCUGCUGGCACAAGUGACUCUUCUGUGUGGUUACAGUGUUCAGGCACCCCAAUAGCUCGGGCUCAGAGCUGGAGCAGCAGGAACAAAGGGCCUGGGUUUCACUUGCCAUGAGGCACUUUGGUGUUGCUGCAGGGAUGGACAGGUGAACAUCAGGGUAAGUGAGAACUGAGCUGGUGAUUUCCUUGCAGAAGCUGCAUAUUGCUCUGUCUGUCUCUGAAAUCUCUCUCUCCUAUGGUAUCUAAUAGUAGACUUCUAUUUUUCUUUAAAAAAAAAAAAAAGGUUUGACUGUCGUUAGAUAGCAUAGUCCCCCAAAGCCAAAGAACCUUCACUCCAGAAAUUCUUUAAAAGGGAAAUCUAAUAAGUCACUGCUUAACACCAAAGGUAAAGCUUAAUAAAAUGCACUAGGAACUUUGUCUAAAUUUUUAAGAAGCAAAUGGAAUGUUGAUGAUCAAAAAGACUGCCCUAUUCUACUUUGUAAAAAUAGUAAUAAUUUAAAUAUCCAUUAUAUAAAAUUGAAAUAGAUCAUCUCUACAAGAAUAUGCAACACUAACAUUUCAUAAGUAUAAAGUUAUUUUCUUUGUAAGUGCUUUGACAAAAAAUGAAACUUAAAUGAUGAAAAAUCUCACCUCUACUUUCAUACUAAGGGUUGUAUUUUUUUAAUGUUUUUCAGACAUGAGGUCAUCUAUACCAAUUUGAUAGCAUUUUGUAUGUUUUCACUGUUGCUGUCAUUUGGCAGAUCCUCACCAGGCUGUAUUGUUCAUGGUCUGUCCUGUUACUUUCAGUUGAAGACAAAAAGAACAUUUGAAACAUGAUUAAUUCUGACAAACUGCUUAUGAUUUGACUUCUGUCACGUUUUUAUUUGCAUGGGUGUUUAAAUGGUUCUGUUAGUACUGUCUUUGCACAGUUCUGAUUUAUCUUUUUUUACUUAGUACUAUUUAUUUCAUAAUGUAGUAAUCAUCAGCCUUACUAAUGACCUUGUAGCCUUUCUUAUAUGCACAUAAUGCACAUUUUCCAAUGGCUAGAAAAUGCAAAAUACUAGUGGAUAUCAUUGCAUCAGAUCUUCAUGUCUUUCUCAAAAGGACUGCUAACCUCUGGGAUAUAUGAGGUAGUAAAAUGAUGAUUGUAAAUGAGUAGCACAUAAGAGAUAUUUUCUUGAAUUUAAAAUUAUUGCAGCCAGUUUCAGCAUGUAAAUAUAUAAUAAUGUUGGCUAGUGUGUAAUUCUUGAAUUAAAAAAUAUAAAUAAAGAAAAUCUAAAAU